AUGUCCUCGAUACCCUCUAUAGUGAUUGAUGAGCCAAAUCUUAAUUCGACAGCAGUCGCUCCGCUCGCAACCGGCACCAAUGCCGUCCCGAAUGGGAUUGACAACCCGAAUGGCUCCGCGCCUUCCAACAAUGGCCCCCAGCCAAACAACGAAUCAGCCGAAAUCCCUUCUCACCUGCCAUCCGUCUCCCACGACCCCAACAACGUCCGUCCUGACUCUCAGCCACAGCCUUCCAUGGGCCUCCAGCACCAAGGUACCUCUUCCCAGCAGCAGCAACAGCAGAACGCUGCCCAUGCUGUCGCGGCCACUCAAACCAUCCAGAUGCGCGCCCUGAUCGUAACUCAGGAUGCCAGCAUCAUCAUCGGCAAAGGUGGACGUCAUAUCAACGAAGUUCGUGAAAAGUCGGGUGCCAGGGCGACAAUCUCGGAAGCGGUUCCGGGAAACGCCGAGCGGAUCUUGAGUGUGGCUGGCCCAUUGGAUGCGGUUUCGAAAGCGUUCGGAUUGAUCGUCAGACGGAUCAAUGACGAGCCGUUUGAUGUGCCCUCGGUGCCCGGCUCCCGGGCCGUGACGAUCCGGUUUAUCGUGCCGAAUUCGCGGAUGGGCUCGGUGAUCGGGAAGGCGGGAAGCAAGAUUAAAGAGAUCCAAGACAUGAGUGGGGCCCGAGUCCAAGCCUCGGAGGCCCUCCUACCCGGGAGCACUGAACGGGUGCUCUCGAUCUCCGGUGUGGCCGAUGCCGUUCACAUCGCGGUCUACUACGUCGGGAUGAUCCUAGUGGACAAUCAGGAACGGAUGCCUGCCAACACGAGCUACCGACCGGGUGGUGGGGGUAGUGGUGGUGGUGGCGGUGGUGGGCCGGGCCAUCUUGGCCAUUCGGGACACGGGAGUCAGCUGGGACACCAUCAUAUGGGCGGACGCGCUCCACCGGGGGCCCUUGGACCUGUUGGCGGUGGCGGCGGCGGCGGCGGACGAGGAGGAGGAGGGUACGGACCGUAUGCGGGUGGAGCGAGCGCGAUGCCUCAUGGAGGACACCAUCAUAACGCUCAUCAUCAUGGCGGGCCCCCAUCGGCCGGCCCUGCUGCUGGUUACCCAAACCCUGCCCAUCAACCCGGAAGCCAGACUCAACAGAUCCUUUUAUAG